AUGGCUCCUUUCCAGGCUCGCGGCGGCGGUAGAGGCGGUGGCCGCGGUGGCUUCGGCGGCGACAGAGGCGGCAGAGGAGGUGGCCGCGGAGGCAGGGGAGGUUUCGGCGACCGCGGUGGUCGUGGCGGUGGCCGAGGCGGCUUCGGUGGUCGCGGUGGAGGUCGUGGAGCUCCCCGCGGAGGCGCUCGCGGACGCGGUGGUGUCUCAAAGGGCCGUGGUGGACCCGGAGGCAUGAAGGGCGGCAACAAGGUCAUCGUUGAGCCUCACCGUCACGAGGGUAUCUUCGUCGUUCGCGGCAAGGAGGACGCCAUCGCAACCCGCAACAUCGUCCCCGGCGAGUCCGUCUACGGCGAGAAGCGCGUCUCCGUCGACGACAGCGUCCAGAACGAGGACGGCACCACCACAACCACCAAGGUCGAGUACCGCGUCUGGAACCCCUUCCGCAGUAAGCUGGCUGCCGCCGUCAUCGGUGGUCUCGAGAAGAUGUACUUCGGCCCCGGCUCCAAGGUUCUCUACCUCGGUGGUGCCUCCGGUACCUCCGUCUCUCACGUUGCCGAUAUCGUCGGUCCCACCGGCUUCGUCUACGCCGUCGAGUUCUCUCCCCGUUCCGGCCGUGACCUGAUCGGCAUGGCCGCCAAGCGCACCAACGUCGUCCCCAUCGUCGAGGACGCCCGUCAGCCCCUGAAGUACCGCAUGCUGAUGCCCAUGGUCGACGCCAUCUUCGCCGACGUUGCCCAGCCCGAUCAGGCCCGUAUCGUCGCCAUGAACGCCCACCAGUUCCUUAAGGUCGGCGGUGGUAUCCUCAUCUCCAUCAAGGCCAACUGUAUCGACAGUACUGCCCCUGCUCACAAGGUUUUCGCCAUGGAGGUCGAGAAGCUGAGAGCGGAGCGCAUCGCUCCCAAGGAGCAGCUCACGCUAGAACCCUUCGAGCGUGACCACUGCCUCGUUGCCGCCGAGUACAACCGCUACGCGAAAUAG